AUGAAUAAUCUAGAUGUUCUUGCUGAAUUAGCAUCCAAUCAAAAACCCAUUAAGCAAGAAUCAGAUCUCUUGAACUCGUCAUUCAUUUUUAAGACAACACAAAAAGGUAAACCAUGUAUUAUACUUGACGGGCAUCGUUACAAGCAUCGACGUGAUAAUCUCGAUGGUUCGAUGUCCUGGACAUGUACGCAUGAAUUAUGUAGCGCAAGUGUACGUACGUAUGGCGACCGUGUUGUGCGUCGUAAUGAUGGACAUUUACAUGGUCGAACGUUACAUGUCGAUCCUCAACAAGAAUUCUUGUCACGUUUGAAAAAACGUGCUGCAGAAGAUACCGUGACUAUACCGCGAAUCUACGACGAAGAACUAGAGCGUUCCAUAAGUGAACAUUCCAUUGAAAUACGCGAACAUCUACCAACAUUUACGUCGAUCAAAUCGACCUUGUAUCGUCAUCGACAACGUAAUCAAAAAUGUUCGACCGUGCCAACUGAUUGUAAAUCUUUACCACCAAAAAAACGUCCAUUAACCAUCGAUACGGAGAAUCAAGAUGAAAAACGACGAAAAUACUCAUCGUCUUCCGUUGGACUUUGCACGGUUUUGAAAAAUUUGCCAUGGUUUCAUUCAGGUAGUGCAGAUGAAUUCUAUCCUCGAUGUUACAAACUAACUCACGAUGAUGAACGAACCGCAUUUAUUGAUGAUUAUCGUCUAACAGCGUGUAUCAGUUUUCUCAAACUUAUACGAAAUCGCUGCAAAGGAAUUCUUGAGCCGAACAUCAAUUCAAGUCUCGACAUGAGUUUAAGCCAACCAUCGUUGCAAAUUGUUCCAUCGUCAUAUAUUGAAUUUGCUUUGAAUAAAGUCGAACAAUUUACGGCGGCACGUGAUCACGAAGAUAUUGACAUAAAAUUAACAUCGCAAAAAGCCUCGACAGAUGAACAAUGGGCACAGUUUAUCGAACAGUUCUAUGCUGCAUCGCAUUUCUACGCGGAAAUUGACGGAAUGAAAACCUAUUCAAAUCGAGUUGAACAAUGCUUGAAAAAUGUCGAACACCAUUGGCCACAAUAUCGCAUUGAUGGAACAAGAAACAUUUGGAUAUCAAAACCCGGAGCAAAAUCCCGCGGGCGAGGGAUUGUCGUUUAUGAUCGUCUCGAGGACAUGUUAAAACUUUGCACUUCAACUGUCACCGAUAAAGCGAAAUUCAUUGUUCAGAAGUAUAUCGAACGGCCGCUAUUGAUUCACAAUGUAAAAUUCGACAUCCGUCAAUGGUUUCUGGUUACCGAUUGGAAUCCGUUAACAAUAUGGAUGUACAAAGAUUGUUACCUUCGUUUUUGUACGGAAUAUUUUAGUUUAGCAACGCGUCAACAAAAUGUACAUUUAUGUAAUCAUGCCAUACAAAAACACUAUAAGAACAAUGCCUCUCGACACUCUGAUUUACCACGAGAGAAUAUGUGGAAGAGUGCAGAAUUCGUUGACAAGUAUCUUCGGCCGAAGAAGUUAGCCGCGAAAUGGGAUUCGUUUAUUUAUCCCGCGAUGAAAGAAGCAAUUAUAUGUUCAAUGCUCGUUGCACAAGAUACGAUCGAUAUACGUAAAAAUUCGUUUGAAUUAUUCGGUGCAGAUUUUAUGUUGGGUGAAGAUCUUCAACCAUGGCUUAUUGAAAUCAAUUGUAGUCCAACCAUGGCACGUUGCACUGCUGUGACUACAGAAAUGUGUGAUGCUGUUCUUGAAGAUACUUGCAAAGUCGUCAUCGAUCGAAAAUAUGAGCGAUCAGAAGAUACAGGUCGUUUUGAGCUAAUUCACAAAGGCACGCUUGUUGCUGUUCCGAAUUAUGUCGGAAUUGACCUUCGUGUGGAAGGCAAAACUUAUAAAAACAAUCGAACGCGUGUCUUGCGUAGUAACAGUACCAAGACUGAUGCUCCCGCAUCAGCACCAGCAGCAACAACUUCAUCGAAAAAGUCAUUGUCAGACUCGAUUAAUUUGCCAACAGAUCGUCAAGAUACUUUCCUUGAAACGACUCAAUCAUCCGUUGAUUUCACAAUAAAUACGAAAACAAUUGAUGAUCCUGCAUCAUCAACGAAGGGCGCCAGAGACGCACACGUUUCCAAAAUCAAUCUCGGCGAGUGUCUCUUCGAAGAAGAGGAACUGAAAUCACCAGGUACUUUGCCGUUCUUCCGUCGUAUACAGAACACUUUCCUCUCACAUAAACGAAAAGAACCAAACAUCGGUGAAACGAAUCACAAUUCGAAAGUAUUCGACUCCGCUUCCAAUAUAUCUGCUCCUUCCACGCUUGAAACUGAUAACGAACACAUGAACGCGAUUUCAAUGUCUUAG